UUCUCGCGAGAUUUGCCGCCACACGGGCAUGGAGACGCGAACUGGCUGGAUUUUAGUUUCCUUUGCAGAGAGAGGACAGCAGCAUCGUUUUGCAUAGAAUACAGUUGCUGUGCAUUCAAAGGGUGUUUGAAAGGAGUCAAAAGAAAGGAUUCAGGCAGUGAACGUGCAGAUUUGAAGCCGCAGAAAGGCGCUUUUGUGUAAGCAUGGGCGGUGUUUCCCGUCCGUGUUCGUCCGGAGGACAGAGAAAGCUUCCAUACGGGGAAGAUUCAUGUGAAGUCAGGAAAUAAGUCGACUGCAUGCAUGAUUUCGUUCUCACCGCUGGAUAUUUAAACAGUGAUUCAGUUAGAGGCCUUGAUUUCAGCUCUUAUUUUAUUUUAUUUUUUUGCAAGUAAGAUGCAGCAGCCGGAGCGAGGUGAUCCAUGAACCCGGGCAGCGACGCUCUCCUCCCGGACUGGAGCAGGGCCAGCAGGUCGGGGCAGCUCCGGCUGUUGGAGGAUUAAUAAAAGCGAAUCAAAGUGCUCAUCUGGGAUCAAACACGAUGUGCGGACAAAUAGUGGAUCAUCCCGACCCCGUCUCCAUCACUGUGUGCCCCCUGCUCGACGGGACAGGAGAUGCGGGUUUAGGUGACUUCUAGAUGUCCCGGUGAGACAGAGGCUCAGAGACAUGGAUAAGCUCACCGUGAUUUCAGGAUGUCUCUUCCUCGCUGCAGACAUCUUCGCCAUCGCCAGCAUCGCCAACCCGGACUGGAUCAACACUGGAGAAUCAGCUGGCUCGCUGACUGUGGGUCUGGUCCGACAGUGUCAGACCAUCCACGGCCGGGACCGAACCUGCAUCCCCCCUCAGCUGCCCCGGGCGUGGAUCACCACCCUCUUCUUCAUCAUCCUGGGCAUCAUCUCCCUCACCGUCACCUGUGGUCUGCUGGUGAUGUCACACUGGCGCCGCGAGGCCACGCGAUACGCCCGAUGGAUCGCCUUCACAGGGAUGGUCCUGUUCUGUAUGGCUGCUCUCAUUUUCCCGAUCGGCUUCUACAUCAACGAGGUUGGAGGACAGCCAUAUAAGCUGCCCAACAACACAGUGGUGGGCUCCUCCUACGUCCUCUUCAUUCUGUCCAUAUUCUUCACCAUAGUGGGACUGCUGUUUGCCGGGAAGGUCUGUCUGCCCGGCUGAUGUGCCCUCCUCUUCCUCCUCUUCUUCCUCUUUUUUGAAUCCGUGGAGAAACACCAACGCCUCAGGAGACACGUUUUGUUAGGACUGACUCCUCUGAGGCAGCGCUGAGACUCAGAAACACCUGUUUGUGUUUUUCUUUGUGGAUGAAUCGUCGCGAUAACUGGAGCUGAAAGCGAUGCAAUCCAUCCGACUGAGCAGGUGCAGAGAUGCCUGGAAUGAUCUUCACCAUCAACCGUGAUGGACGAUGGAAGUGAAAUGGUGAACGGAUAUGAGGACAAUUUUAAAAAAUGGCAGUAAUGGAUUAAAACAUCAAGACUUUCAAGGAAGAUGGCCGUCAUAAAGAUAAAUGACAGACAGCAGAAGGCCAGUCGCCUCUAACAUGAUGGAGGUUCUUCCCUAAAAACUGCUACCAUCUGUAACAUACAAUAAAGUUUCAUUAUUUGGCUCAUUUUAUUAUUUAUUUAACUGCUUAGUUACACUAUUUGUAAAUGUAAUUUCCAAAAGGCCUAAUGUACGCCAGAGUUUGCCUGCCAUUAGUACGUGUGGUGGAUCACUUUGCCUUAAAGAUCUGGUCAGUUUCAGUCCGUCCAUCGGAAUCCUUCAGAAUUAAAAUGGUAAUGUGUUAAAAGAAUGUAAAAGGGGCUGAAUUUAUGACUUGUUUUAUACAACUGGAGUAUUGAUGCCUACAUUUCUGUAUAAAUGAAGAGACAGCGUGUUUGUAUUAUCAUCUAGAAGCACUGUGAUGUUUGUGAAUGAGCAUGGAAGGUAUCUCAUUAAAAAUGACUCACUGAGG